AAGUCCUACGACCAACAUGCGCGAGAUCGUAGCGUUUCCGAGGUUUCGGUUCUGGUUAUACAAGUUGUAAGGCAAGUUCAUCUGCACGCAUCGCAUGCGGGACCGGCCACCACGGCAAUUCACGCUGCCCAAAUAUUACUACAAGUGGGUACAAGAAAUGGAAUAAGGGAAUUACCGACAGGAAAUGGUAGACCCAGGAGGAAUGCCAAAAAUAUUCUCGACAAGCUUCGGUCAAGAGGAAUCCAUCGUCCUGAUGAACCUCGACGGAACGCUGGACACGGAGUAUCAUUACGACACGCGGGGUUUCCGAAAAUUCAUAUUGGAAAGUUUUGGCCCUUGGUCGCCCGUAAAUGCCAUAACGCAACCAGUCAUUCAACACGCUCAACCUACGAACACGUCCGUUGUCGACAAGGAAGCUACUCCAACUUCAAGUCCUCACGCUCCGACCCCAUCAGAAGUACCUAAAGACGCACAAAGCGCAUUGUUAGACGCACAAGGGGCCUCAUUCAAGACACAAGUCGCUCCGCUAGGUGAACAACAGGACCUGCUGGAUACGGAAGAAACGCCGACGGACACACUAGUGACUUCACCAGACAUAGACACAUUCGACCAGGCUUGGAUCCGUUACAUAAGUCUUUCCAGUAACCGACGCCUCGAAGACAAACAGGGCCAAUGGGAGCUUUUCCAAGAUCUGAGUCAGUCAGUUGUAGCGCAAGCAUCAGAAGCUCGCGAGGACUUCGACCUGCUCAGAGUAAGCAUCUACAAUCACGAUGAUCAGGGGCAGAGUUUGAAGCCAUUCUUGUCAAUCGUAAUUGAUAGUGGAGACUACAAAACAUUCAUGGUCUGCAUGCUCGUCCAGCCAACCAAGUGCCGAAUCACCCUCCCCUCAUAUGAAGUGAUUUACAGUUCGUUCGUUUUGUGUACUAUUAAUGUGUCUAUGCGAUAUGCAAACGCCGUGUUUCAUCACGAGCGCGCAAGAUGGAUAGUUCGAUGUGCCGGAGGUGUCUUGUCCAAAGAUUGGUAGCUGCUCUUUCGUCCCUGUGCUUGCUUCCGACCCGGGACCCAGGGGAGCUCUCAGCCCGCGUCCUACGAAUGUCUUGAAUGACUAUACCCCGAACGCCUUUUACGGUCGUUGUAGUACCCCGGUGGUGUUCUCU